AUGAUCCCGCCGGGGGAGUGCAUGUACGCAGGGAGGAAAAGAAGGAAGCCCAUCCAGAAGCAGAAGCCCACCGUGGGGGCCGAGAAGUCGAACCCUUCCAAGCGGCACCGAGACCGUCUGAACGCCGAGCUGGACCACCUGGCCAGCCUGCUGCCAUUCCCGCCAGACGUCGUGUCCAAGCUGGACAAGCUCUCGGUCCUGCGUCUCAGCGUCAGUUACCUCAGGGUGAAGAGCUUCUUCCAAGCCGUGCAGGAGAAGUGCCCGCGGCAGCCGGUGCUCAGUGCCCCCUCACCAGGAGACAGUGGCCCGAGAGGAGGGUCAGCCGUGCUGGAGGGAAGGCUGCUGCUGGAGUCUCUGGACGGCUUUGCUCUGGUUGUGAGCGCGGAAGGGGUGAUAUUUUAUGCAUCAGCAACGAUCGCCGACUACCUGGGCUUCCACCAGACGGACGUGAUGCACCAGAACAUUUAUGACUACAUCCACGUGGAUGACCGCCAGGACUUCUGCCGGCAGCUCCACUGGGCCAUGGACCCGCCCCAGGUGGUGUGUGGGCAGCCCCUGCGCUCAGAGACAGGAGAGGAUGCCAUGCUGGGGAGGCUGCUCCGGGCCCAGGAAGGGGGCACGGGCCCCACCGAGUACUCGGCCUUCCUGACACGCUGCUUCGUCUGCCGCGUGCGCUGCCUGCUGGACAGCACCUCAGGCUUCCUGACAAUGCAGUUUCAAGGGAAACUAAAAUUCCUGUUGGGACAGAAGAGGAAGGCGCCAUCAGGAACCGUCUUGUCCCCUCGGCUCUCGCUGUUCUGCAUCGUGGUGCCCGUCCUCCUGCCUUCUGUGUCAGAGAUGAAGGUGAAGGGUGCGUUUUUGAGGGCGAAGCACAGGGCAGACAUCCCGACCCCCACGGACACGAAAGCAAAAGCCACCAGGAGUCUGUGUGUGUCAGAACUGCACGGGAAACCCAAUUACUUAGCAGGAAGAAACAAUGGAGAAAAUGGCAUUUCAGUGUUCAGGGCACAAAUGGAUGCCUGCCGCUGGGCCCGGGUUCCAGCCAGGGCCACAUGCCUGUGCCUCAGGGGUGGCCCUGACCUCGUCCUUUGCCCUGAGGGGGCUGCAGGGGACUGGGGAGGAGAGGAGCACGGGAAGGUGCCAAGCAGCUCCUCGGGGAUGAGGAGGAGAAGGGACAUACAUGCUUAUGACUGCCGCUUUGAGACACUGAGACCCGCGAGGCAGCCAAACUGGACGACAGGGAAACACGGUCAGGAUGGCACCAAGCUGAAGCUGGAGCCUAGCAGGACUGAUCCGUUCUCGGUGCAUGCCAUGACCCGUAGCUCCUGUAUGCCCUACCCUGGCGCUCCGGGCACCGUCCCUACCUUCAGGAAUUCACCUGGCUCUCUCCAGUCCCCCAGUGCCUAUGCCAGCCGGCCGAACAGAGCCUUGCAGGAUGGUGAUCAGGGCCAGGUACACCCUCCCACCGGUGGCCCCUUCCCCCAAGGCAGCCUGGAGAGCCAGCUCCCUCAGCCUGGAGUGCAGUGUCUCACAUUGGGGGGGUAUUCCACUGAGGACAUCAAGUUUCCAGGUGUGCCCAUGCCCCCAGAUGCCCCAUGCAACCCCAUGUUGUCACUUAAUGUGCCCAUCAAGAUGGAAAGUGACUCUGGAUCCGAGGACACAGCAGAUGGCUACUCUGUGUCCCCAAGCCAGGUGUGGCUGGGAGCCAGUGACAUGGCUAAGAGACAACUGGUCACUUUCCCUACCAGGAUGCACCUGAAAACAGAGCCAGACUCCAAGCACCACCUGUACCCCCAACACCUGGGGCAUGGCAUGCUGGGGGCUCCCCCCAGGCCUGGCAGAGAGCUGACCCCGUUCCACCCUACACACUUCGUCUGCCUGGAGCGUGGGCAUGGCCCUCCUGAGCCGGAGCCUCCCCCCUGCAUCUGUAUGCGGGGCCACCGGCCCCCUACUUUGGGCUGUGACUGCAGAGCUCCUGGGACCACACCCAUGAUCAAGCUUGAGCCCUUGGACUCACCCCCAUGGGCCACUCACAGCCAGGGUGGGGUACCCAGGAUGCUCCCCAAAAGUGCCUUGGCGACACUGGUGCCGCCCAAAGCCUCCGAGUGCUCUUUUCUGCCAUAA